GCGGCGGCGGAGUUCAUGCCUUGGCGUAAUGGUGGCGGCGUUCUGCACCGAGCAGCGUCUGUUGACCCCACCGCGGUGGUGGAGGCCGGCGCCGUCGUGCACUACGGUGCUGUGAUUGGCAAGGAGGUGGUCAUCGGAUCUGGGACCGUGGUCGGGCCUUCGGUAUCCGUGGGGCAGUCCACCAGGAUCGGCAACUGCUCGGUGGGCGAGUUCUAUACGAUCCACAAUGGCGCCUGCAUCGGUCAAGACGAUUUUGGUUUCUUUGUGGACAAGGAUGGACAGGUCAAGAAGAAACCACAAGAGCUUUAUGCAAGAAUUGGAGACAAUGUGGAAAUAGGCGCAAAUACAUGCAUUGACAGAGGCAGUUGGAGAGACACAAUGAUUGGAGAUGACACGAAGAUUGAUAAUCUAGUUCAGAUAGGUCACAAUGUGGUGAUAGGAAAGUGCUACUUGAUUUGUGGACAAGUAGGGAUCGCAGGUUCUGCAACGUUGAGUGACUACAUAGUAUUAGGUGGUAGGGUGGCCAUCCGGGAUCAUGUCUCCAUUGCUUCAAAGGUUAGACUUGCUGCAAAUAGUUUGGUGACAAAGGACAUUCAGGAGCCCGGUGACUAUGGCGGAUUUCCAGCUGUCCCAAUAAAUGAAUGGCGUCGACAAACUGUGAACUUGCGCUUGUUUUCGAAGAAACACCAUGAUAGAAGAUAGUAUCUCUGCAAUCCCAGUGACAUCAAAUGUGUUGAACUUGAUUCUCUUGAAGUGAAGUCGCAAUAUCUCACUACACAACUAGCAUUGAAAUUGGUAUCCGAAACAAUCUUCACCAUGGAAGUUGGAUUCUUUAUUGUUUAAACUUGUAUACUUACUACUAUUAAAGAGUGCCGUAGUGCUGCACGACAUGCAUUGCUGCCAAGAGGAUUAAAGGAUGGUUUGUGAAAUUGUGAGGCUA